UAAUUAAAUUAACACGAGCAUUUAUCUUGCAUGGAAAACAAUUUUACACAUUUAGACGUAAAUCUGGUUUAAUUCCAAAAAUCCAAGCGGAACUAAUAUGCUUUACGGAAAUGUUGCCUUACGGACAUCACAUUGGCGUGACACCCGAGAUUCCCAAGUCAAAGUUGCCAAGACGAAUGUGGAGACAAUAUGUCCACUCCCGUGGAGACUUCAGGACAUGUAGCUGACAAUUCUACGUCCACUGCAGUGAACCCAUUGCAUGGACAGCCUGCACAGUCAAAAGCAAAGAAAAAGAAGAAACCUGGAAAGAAAAAAGCAACUGGAACCACUGAAGUACCUCAAGAAAGAAGUGCGACUGAAGACAGUCAAGAAGGCGAGAACAAUGAGUUGAGCACAGAAGAGCAGUUUCAACGGCAACUGGACUGGUGCAUUGAGCAGCUGGAACUGGGAAUGAGGUUACAGAAAGCCACUCCAAAGCAGAGGGAGGAUGCGUCUCAUGCACUCAAAACACUGCGCAGCUCUAAAGCUCCUCUAGUCAAGAAAAGACAAGUGAUGAGGGCAAUGGCAGGAGAUUACAGGAAAAAAAUGGAAGAGGAGAAGAAGAAACAGUUCAAACUCAUCCAGAGUGAACUUUCGUCCGCUCAGGUCAGAGUAAAGUCAGCGUCACCACAAAAAUCAGUUUUUCAUCGGAGAGCUGAAGUUAAACAGAUGCAUGCCUCCAAGGAGCAAAAUGAAGCUCGGGAUGCAAACUCAAAGACUCCUCCGAAAACGCCUGCCUUUGUGUUUACGACGUCAAAAGAAGAGUUUUGCUUCAACUUUUUAUAAUAAAAAUACUUCUAAAUGAAUAUUG